AUGCUGCCAGGGGAUAUUCAUUUCGCUGCAGUUUGGCCGGCGGCCCCCGACGGGGCAGCACGGAAGGUAAUCGUCCCGUUGCAAUGUUCGUUAGCUGAGGCAUCAAGGACAGUCGGGAACUUGGUCGGUCUGCCGCGGAAGCAGCCUCCUACACCUGGAGCAAGCAAGAUCGAGACGUUGGCGCUGGGGCCCUUUUGCGUGUUCAGCACUUCAACUUCUACACCGCCAGCUCUGGUCGUGGUGGGGACCAAGAGCUGGGGCUGCUCUCCCGGCGUCUUUGCUUUCCUAAGACGCGUCCAGACAGACCUCGCAAGGGACCCCUCAGACUUUGGUUUUUGGCAGCUACGGCAUCUUGCUUCGCGCGUGGAGGCGUCCUUGCACCCUGCCGGGGACGAUGCAAGCUACGCCAUGCCCCCCCGUCUCUUUGAGGGGCGCAACUGGGAUGACGAAGAGAGCGAGUCGUGGGAGGAUGAGUACAUGUGGUCUGAUGAGACCGUGGAUAAUGACGGCUUGACCGGGGCGACGGCGGUACCAGACGACGCAAGAGACAUGUCGCCGGUACCUGUCUCUGAGCCUCUGAGGAGCGAUGGUGUUUCAAUGGCCCUGUCGCCGUUGACUGUUUCACAACCAGACGACGCAAACGCCCGCACGGGUGCCACGAAAACCGAACACACCACCGGCCAAGCAGACGAGGGUAUUCCCCUCAACAAAAUGGUUUUCGACGGUCUGCCGCCGAAGGCGCCACAUCGUCCAACCAAGCCAAUGACGACGGACCAGCGGACGCAGCAGCCAUCUGGCCCCGGGUUCGGAUCGCCAGUGGUUGACCGAAGACCAUCUCCUGUCGGUGAUCGCGGGAGCCCUCUCCUGAUCCCCGCGGAGCAAGCACCUGCGCUCGCAACGGCGCAACCAGCGAGCCCAAACUUGGACGCGGAUAAGCUGCUACCUCCGUCGGCGAAGGGGGCGGGGUUUUCACCUUUGCGCAGUGACGGCGAGUCGUCAAGCGCAACACCGGACGAGGUCUCGGGGUUGCAAGCGGUAUCAGCUAUAGAUUUGUCUGCGCUAACCACAUCUUCGAUGAAAGGGCGGUUCAAUGCUCCUGUGGGUGAUCAACCAUCCACCGUGGUUGGUCCAGCGGCCGUUGUUAAGGAAACAGUCGAUGGAGCGCGAACUGGUGUUCCCGGAGGGGAAACUGGCAUACAGCCGGCAGCGGAACCGCAUGCAAUCAGCCCUCAAGUUGAUGCCCUUGCCGCUGCAGCAACUGGUACCACAGCGGACCUUCAAGACAGGGUAGGUGACGCAGGACCGGAAACAGAACCCGACAACGCUACGGUUUCGGCAGCAGUGAGCGAAGACUUGGCGUACGUCCACCGGGGUCCGGACCUCCAGAGUUACGGGAUCACGGGGUCCGUUCUCGUGGCUGCCUCAUGCGGGGCCCGCGCGCAGGUGCGAGUCACCGACAAGCAAGGGCACAUCGCAACCGCAACGGCAUACCCUAAUGUCGCCGAGGAAAAACCCGCGAUGGCCAUCCCGUCCACAAGAGAGUACUUGUGCAAACCAGGAGCGGUACAGCACGGCGGAGCGCCCCCCAGGUUCCUUCCGGCGCUUAUGUACCGUUGUUCCCCGGCCGUGAAGGUUCUCCCGGUCAGAGUCACGUGCCGGUUACGAACCGCUGGUAACCGUGUGCUUGUUUGGGUGCAGGUCAUCGCCAACCCGCAGCUUUCGCAUCCUCUCAGCGGUGUAUUGGUGCUGGUCAACCUACCGUUUUCGCCCCGCGAUGAGGGCGACGUCAAGUCUGAGCCGCCGGCGUCCCUGAAGAUGGAUCGCAAGAUGUUGGAGUGGGUGCUACCUUCGGGUAUGCAACGGGGUGGCAAGCAAGUCUUGCAAGCACGGCUGAGCGCAGACGAGGGGCAAGUGCGAGUUGCAGCCAUCCCCCAAACCGCCCCAGCGAUGGUCAAGUGCCACUUGCUGGAUUCUACGUUCUCGUCGGUUGAACUAGAGGUGGCGGCGUUGGCGGAGGAAGGCGUGGCGCCAGCCGGUGGAAGCGUCGUGAAACGGUGUCGGGUGCAGUGCAAGCAGGUGUAACCAAUGUUUUGGCCUUGUUUUGUGUGGAAUCAAGUUUGUUGGAUCGAGGGAUAGAAAAUACGUCGAACAGGGUACGAACCUGGAUGCUGGUCGAGUGAUGAUGCACCAUGACCGGUCCGUCAGUGUGAAGUAGAACGUUAAGAUUUUGGCUGACACUGGUGUUCGUGUGUACAGGAACGCACCGUAGUUAUUCCCUUUUGACGGAGCGUGGCUGAUGCAUCACGCUGCGACCAGGCUCCGCAAACAGUUGCUAGUCUUGCCUUGGUUGUAGGCAUAACAACGGCGUUCCUCGUCAUGAACAAAAUUUCUUCGGUGUAGAUGACACGAUGCUUCUCCUCGAAACGCGCAUUUUUAGUGCGAAUACAGCUUUCGUGCGAACACAGCAGCAACAAAAUCUCUUGUACGUACUAGCACAUCCGGCAAACACUCUAACAAUUACCGGAUCGCAAAAAACAGCAGACAGCGGGUACACGCAAACGUUUCGUGGGGAAACCAACAAAGGAAUUACUACACUACUGUAGAGAUAUUUCAAAUGCAUCUAUGCACUUUGUUUUUAAUUUCGGUUCUGUUUUGCACCCUCCUCUCUCACGAUCAGCCAAGCUCUCUUUCGCGGCGGGAAGAAAGCAAUAGAGGUGCGGCUUCAGGCGACGCUGGGGGCAAUCCCUGGGCUAGUAUAUACAACGGAAACAGGGCACGAUAACAAAUCGCCUACAAGCGAGGCGUCCUUGGACAUCUCCGGCCGAGCAGGGUAAAAUAUAUCUAGUGCGGCGCGCGCGCAAUCAAAUAACCAGUGAUCCCAGAUCAUCUACAACCGAAGAGUCCCCCGACGCGUCCGGCUCUGCAGGAGCAUCAAUUUGUCCGCGGGCUAUCGCAGCGUCUUUCUUGCGGCAGCACUUCUUGUACUUGAGGCCCGAGCCACACGGGCAGUCCGAAGCUCUCGCGACCUUCUUGGCCGCCUUUUCGCUCUUCUUCGCGACGCCUCCACCCCUGCCCUUCCCUUCGCCGGGUCGCCCGUUCUCCUGCGGUUUCUCGCCGGAGUCCCCACCAUCUUCUAGCUUCCCCGUCCCCUUCUUGUCUCCCGCCGUGUUGUCGACACCU